CAUCAUGUUGAGAGUGAGGUACGCAUAAAGUUUUGUCAAACAAACAUCGUGACGUCACAGUGUCAUGGCGGCGAGCAGUUCAGCUGUGUCAGUUUUAACUCCGAAUGGAAGAAGACAAACUGUUAAAGUGUCUCCAAACACACCUUUAUUACAGGUUCUUGAGGAUGUGUGUAAGAAGCACGGCUUUAAUCCAGAUGAACAUGGACUCAAGUUUCAGAGGAACAUUCUAGAUUUGACUCUGCAGUGGCGGUUUGCCAGUCUGCCAAAUAAUGCCAAGCUGGAGAUGGUGGCGUGUUCACGGCAGCAGGCGGGAGCCGAGAGCGCGGUGUGUAAUCUGUUUGUGAAUGAAGCUUCAUGAAAUUAAUUGUUUUAAUUUGGCCUUCUAUAAUGCAAUGCAUUUUUAUGCUUUGGUUU